AAUUUUUAAGAAUUGAUUAAUAUGUGUAUAUAGAUGACUUGGCUUGUUGUUCGAUUCAAAGAGGAUGACACUGUUGAGGCAAUACCGAAAAAAUGGUUUUUGUUAAAAGAAUCUGCAUGCUAUUGGCCACCACAAAAUUAUGAAACUACAGCUAUUAAAGCAGCUAUAAAAAAUGAAUAUAGUCCUGAUUCAAACUGGAUGAAAUACGGAGCAAUUAUUUUAGGCACAUAUGGUGAUUUAAAACUUGCUAAAAGAAAGGCAAUUAAAGCCCAACGUACAGAUGAUCUUUCAUCACAUACGGAGAUUUUAACGAAAAAGAAUAAUAAAAUACAUAAGCGGGGACAAGGCAAAAGUAAAGGACAUAAGGAUUACUCAGAUACUGAUAAAUCUUAUGAAUCGAUAUCUGAUGAAGAUAGCAACACAUACCCUACAUUACCACUUUCUGGCAAGAGACACGAUAAUGAUCGCUCUCCAAUGGAAAGUCAAAAUAUUACUAAUCAUAACUUCAAGCAAACUACAGAUAGCGUUCACGUAAAUGCUGAAUUUUCAGAAUUCAGAAAACAACUUCUUAAAGAAGUUCAUCUGAUUAAUCUUAAAUUAAAUGAUCUUAUGGAUAACGUGAAUAUACUUGUAAAAAAAGCCCGAUAUGCUGAUGAGCCAGAACUAAAUGAUGACACUAAUACGGCUGUUAUGACUUUAAUACAAUCGUUUCCAGUCGUUACAGAGCAGGAAUUAAUGUCGAUGGAAGAAUGGCUAUCGAGUUCAGCUGAUAACAUACAUGCACUGAGUCGACAACUGCGUUUAAUUGGAGGCACAGAUCUUCCCCAUGUAAUCAAAGCCAUUAUGUCGAGAGCAAUUUCAAAUGAAGUUAGAAUGCUAUAUUCCUGGGAGGGAGCUCGGCAAAAAAAAGCUUUUAAAUCGCUAAAGUUCGUCCAAGUGAUCAUUGGUGUUGUUCGACUGAACUCCAAGACAAAAUCUGCAACAGAAUCGGAUAUCAUAGAAGUAAUAAAAAAUUGGCUAGUUAGAAGUAAAGAACGCAGUAACAAGUUUCAAUCAAAAAAGAAAACGGAAAACACUGUGUGUCAAACAGAUUCCGUUUGUGAAACAGGCUCUGCUUGUGAAACAGGCUCCGUUUGUGAAACAGGCUCCGUUUCUGAGAAAGACCUUAUUCAAGAUUAAGAUAAUUAUAUGUAUAAC